AUGUCGUCGUAUAGUCGCAUCAAACCAUUCGACGUGACAUCUGAGGCCAGUAAUCUUCCGGCGGAAUGGGAAAUAUGGAAAAGUGAUUUAGAGUCUUUCUUCUUGGCACAAGCUGUUGAGACACAGCAUGAUAAGCGAGCACAAUUAGCGUACCUAGGAGGACCAGGCCUUCAGGAGCUGCUACGUCACCUUCCGGGGGUAAACCAAGUUCCUCAUGUGACCGCUGAUCCGCCUUACUACGAUGUGGCGAUCAAGUGUUUGGAUGAUUACUUUGAGCCGUUUCGUCGCAAAUCAUACGAGCGUCAUCUUUUUCACCAAAUCACGCAGCAGCCGGAAGAAAGAUUCACGGACUUCGUUAUGCGAUUGCGGAAGCAGAUUGCUCGAUGCAAUUACAACUCUUGUGUGGUGGAUGAACUGAUUGCUGACCGCAUCACACAAGGAUGCAAAUCACAAGAACUUCGCACCAGACUGCUUCAGAAGGACCGCUCGCUAGAGGAAAUCAUCGCGCUGGGAACCAGUUUGGCUGAGUCACUGAACCAGUCGAGGAAAUUGUCGAAGCCCAACAAUCCGACUAGACCGGACUCGGAGGUGAAUUCUGUCGCGAAACCGUAUUUCCGUCCAUUUGCAACGCGAAGACCAAAUCCGCUUCCGAAUCAAAAUCGGAAAUACUCUGAACGUCAAUCGAACAGCAGGUUUAUUUGCUACAGUUGUGGGCGUCGAGGUCAUGUACAAGGAAGUAGUGACUGUCCGGCAAGAGAGACAAAAUGUGCGGCAUGUGGAAAACCGGGACACUGGGCGAAGCGAUGCUAUUCGACUGGCCAGGGCUUCAAACGUCGUCUAAAUGACUCAUUCGCAGGACCGAAAGCCAAACGCAUUCGUGCCGUGCAAGAGGAAACGGAAGCGAAACAAUCCAAAGACUUUGUAUUCUAUGCGAUGGGUCGGAACGUGUUCACCUUCAUCGUGGGAGGCGUUGAAAUCCCUAUGACGAUAGAUUCCGGCGUAGAUGCCAAUAUUAUUACGAAAGAGAUCUGGGAGCAAAUGAAACAGGCUGGAGUAAAAGUUACAGACGCAACAAAACAAAUCGACAGAUCGCUGACAGCAUACGGCACCGAACAACCGCUGAAGAUCGUGGGAAUGUUUCAUUCAGAAAUUCAGGCCGUCAACAAUAUAGUGCAAGCGAAAUUUUAUGUUGUUGAAGAUGGACAGCGUUGUUUGUUGGGCGACAAAACAGCCAAAGACCUCCAAGUACUCAAAGUUGGAUUCGACAUAGCAUCCGUUGACUCAAACCGCUGUAAACCGUUUCCGAAAAUCCAAGGGGUAAAGGUUGAGAUACCCAUCGAUGAACAAGUGCCACCAGUUCAACAGCCGUACAGACGUCCGCCGAUUGCACUGGAGGAGAAGAUAGAGACGAAGCUACGUUCGCUUUUGGAGUUGGAUAUUAUUGAGCGGGCUCCGGGACCAUCGCCAUGGGUAUCACCAAUGGUACCUGUUCAGAAGGAUUCGGGUGAAAUCCGGCUCUGCAUUGAUAUGCGUCGAGCCAACCAGGCAGUUCUUCGCGAAAGCCAUCCCUUGCCGCUGGUGGACGAGCUGUUGUCAUCGGUGUCAGGUGCUGUACUAUUCUCAAAACUUGACAUUAAGGAUGCCUACCAUCAGGUCGAGCUGUCUGAAAGAUCACGACCAAUCACCACUUUCAUCACCAAGUACGGCCUCUACAGGUAG